UUUCUUCUGUCGUUCUCAGAGACACACACAGUGACAAAACCUGAUCACCGGAAAGGAAAAAAAAUCUCUGUUCAGACGACCGAAACUUCUUACCGGAGAAUGUUACGUCAGCUUCCACAAACAAUUACGGCGGACGUAACGCCGGAUUGGCUUCCCGUCGGUUGGAUUGUUCACUCUACAGUUCUAAGACGCGGUCGCCAUACUAAGACUUACACGCAACUGAGAACAGGGAAAAAGUUGUCUACCAAGGAUCAAGUUCUUGAUUACAUUCAAAUGGAGAAGAUUCGAGAGAAACGAGAAUCCGGAAUCGAGAAGAAGAAAGCAACUUUAAAAGCCUUGCAAGACAUAGAGACCGCAAUGGAAAGGCCUUGGUGGCUUCGGGAUGAAAGGCAAGCUGAGUGGAGGAUUGGUGGUUCUGUUGGUGGAGUCCCAUACAAGGAGAUGAAUGUGAAUGCACCAAAUGAUUUUAAAACCCAUUCAAAGGAGACAGUGCCAUUGGAUGAGAACACUGUGGUAUCUGAAGAUUCAUCAGGUGAAGAAUACGAAACCGGGUGUAAUGAAAUUACGUAUGUAAUUGAUGAGGAUGAAGAAGAUUUGUCAGAGGGUGAAUAUGUCGAAAAUGUGGAGAAUUGCUCCAACAUAUCUUCUAUUCCUCUACGGUCACAGCCAGAAAGAAUGCAUAAAUUUGAGUCUCGAGCAAAAACGCAGUGUGUGUUUGAAGAUGAGGAUAUGAGUAGUGACAGUGACACCAAACUUCCAGAAGCUGAAACCUCGAAAGAAGAAAAUGGUGUGGGAGAGACUGGAUCAUUAACUGUUGAAAUCAACCUGGACUGUGAACCUGCAAGUGAUAGUUUGGUAGAGAAUAAAAGUGGGACCGAAGGAAUAAGAACAAGAAACAUUGAGAUCAUUGACCUAGAGAGUGACUUGAUUCACAUAUGUGACUCAUCAAAGGUUGUUGAAGUGACUCAGGAAUCAGGAGAUACAAGUGAAGAGCCUCUUCAAGCUCAAGCUGCGCAUGAACAAGGAGAUACAAGCGAAGAGGCUCUUAAAGCUCAAGCUGCGCAUGAUCCAGGAGAUACAAGUGAAGAGCCUCUUAAAGCUCAAGCUGUGGAGAAAUCAGGAGAUAAGGGUGAAGAGAUUCUGAAUGCUCAAGCUGCGUGGGAAGAACCUGUUAAUGAGUGGAGAAGAUCGGUCUUCUUUCCAUACAGAGAAACCCCUUCACAUUCUGUACUUGUUUUUGACGAUUCUAAUGCUAGAUCAUCUGUAGAAGAUCUUAGCAACACCGUUGAGCUUGGUUCAAUCCUGCAAGAAAAGAACAUCAGUGGCUCUAAAAAGAGGAAGAAGAAUACGGAAACAUGUUCAUCUAAGAACAUCAAGAAGAAAGGCAUUGAAGCACCAACCAAAAAACUUCAGAGAGGCAAAACACCACCAAGCAAACCGCAUGGCAAGAAGGGAAGUUCGAGUGUAAACAUGGCCAAAAAACCUGAUGUUUGGCCUGAGCCAUGCCCAAACUUCCCAUUUGAACCACUCACAAGAUCAUUUCAAGUAGAGGAUGACUCGGUAAUCCGCAGGCACUUGGAGCAACAGUUUGCAGCUCCAGGAAGUGCUGAAGGGAACUUACCGUUACCUGAUUUCGGAUUGCCUAACUUCUCCAACAUCCAAAUCUCACUGAAUGAAGAACCUGCAUCCAAGAAAAAGAAGUCUCCUGAUCCUCCAUGUGUACAGGUCGAAAAUUCAAGCUUACAUAGUUGCAGUUCCAUAGGUACUAGUAUACUACAAAUAGUCGCAGGAAACUAAAGAGACACUGAGACUUGACAAAGCUUAAGCUGUUUAAAGACCUUUUGUAAGAAACCUUAAUAUGCCAUAUAUUUACUCUUUAAGUUAUUUUACUCCAA